UUUUUUUUGGAAACGUUUUGAGAAAAACGUUGACUAUAAUAGUAAAACAUGAUGUGGAAAAUUAAUUCAUAUUUGAUUCUAUUAUUUUGUGUUCAGUUUGUGAAUUUUAGUGGUACGUCAGGGCUAUUGGCGCCACCGAAACCCGACAAUAAAUUAAUAACAAAUGAAGAAAUUAGUCAUCAUUUGCUUGACGAAAACGGUGGUAUCCGUGAAAAUGAAGAUUUCUUACCAAUAAUCACUUCACAAUCAAAAACUGAAAAUAAAUUAUCAAUCAAUGACCAUCAUUUGUUAAAUGAAAAUGAUGGAAUUCGUGAAAAUGAUGAAUUCUCUCUCAUCAGAGUUCUAUCGAAUAACACCCAAUCAAAUGAUAUAAUCACUACAUCUUCAUCGGAUAAGGAAUGUCCACACGAUAGUUUUCUAACACACGAUAAUCGUUGCGAAUGUAAGCCAUGUAUUCCAAAACAAUGUGAUCCGGAUGCCAAAUUAAUUGAAAUGGAACCAGGACUACCUGGUGAACCAGGCUUAUGUUGUCCUAUUUAUAAAUGUAUAACCCCAUGUAAGGCAAUCGAUGGAACCUUAAUCGAUCAUAAUACGUGGUGGAUUGAAAAUUGCCAAAAUUGUACUUGUUACAAUGGUAUUGGAGUGGAAUGUUUUGGAUUAAGUAAUUGUAAUAAUCGCAGUCAAGUACAAACCGUGGAUGAUAGUAACACAAGCAAUACUUGUAUUACAAGCACCGGGGAGCUAGUCCUUAACGGUGGAAAAUGGUCCCCGGAUUAUUGUACCGUUUGUACUUGUGAAAUGGGUGAUUUAAAAUGUAUUGCACAUUUUUGUGAGGGUAAUAGUGAGGUAAAACGUAUUCAAUCCACAACUGUCAGUGAUGAUUAUAACCUACAAAACUGUGAUCCAUUAUUCGAUUGUAAUUUACAAUGUGAGUAUGGUUAUCGAGUUAAAAAUGAUUGCGAAACAUGUGAAUGUGCUUUAAGUUUAGAAAUUUUAAAUUUCGCCAAACAGCGAAAUAUCUCAAUUGAUGACGCAUACCUGUUAAUACAAACGUACAAUUCAAAUAUAAAAUUCACACAACAGACGCCAUCUUCGUCCGGUCAUUGGACAAUAUUUUUAUCAGUUGCUAUUAUGGUCUUAUUUUUAAUUUGUUGUGUACUAAUUUGGUGUUUAAUACGAAAUAUGAAAUUACAAAAUACCAAAAUGGAUGUUGUUUGUAAGACACAUGAGCUUAAGAAAUUAGUAAAUGGACAAACAUAUGAUACAGGAAUAAAUGCAACGUAUAAAUAUACAACAAAUGAAUAUACAAAAUGAUCUUGUACGCAUGCGUUGCGCAUGUGUCGUGUGUGUGUGUGUGAAUAUUUUAUUGUUUUUUUGGUUCAUUUGGUUGUUGACAGUUCUGUUUUUUGUUUUAUUUUUGGAGAAACAUGGUAACACAUCACAGAAAAAAAUAU